UCCUGACUUGGGUCUCGAGAGGUCUAAAGCUUUAAAAGCGAAUGUGCGGGGAAGUGGCCAGAGAGCAAGACGCCGCCGCCGCCAGGUAGAAUAGAGAACAAUGUCCGGCAUGGCGAGUGAGAGCCUAUUGCAGAUUGAAGAGAUAGAAGGGAGAGGAAGAGCUAUCGUUUCCUCUAAGCCACUGAGGGGCGGAGAUAUCGUGCUUAGGGAUUCUCCAAUCCUCCUCUACUCUGGUUCUCCUCUCAAUGGACAACAACCGCUUUUCUCAACCUCAAUUUAUUGCGAUAACUGCUUUAAAAAGUUGGAAUCAGCAUCGGCAGCCUCAUCAUGCCCAUCUUGCUUUCAAAAUCGUUUCUGUAGCCAACAUUGCCUUUCGGCUUCCAUUGCCUCGUCCCACACUCCCUGGGUUUGCCAAGCUCUAAGUCGCCUGCGGGAUUGCCCAUCCCUUGUACUGCAUCAACCUCUGGAGCGCCAAAUCCAAGCUCGUUUCCUCAUCGCCGCCUACAACCUUGCCCUUGUCUCGCCUCCCAACUUCCAAAUUUUGUUAUCUCUUCAAGGCUAUGGGGAGGAUAAAGAUGCCGCAGCUGCUCAAUUUCUACAUUCCCUCAUCUCGUCCCUCUGCCCUCCUCCCCCAAUUGACGGAUUCUCCUUCUCCUUUGAAAUUACCUCCGCACUACUUUCCAAGGACAAGCUCAAUGCAUUCGGCAUAAUGGAACCGAUGGAAUUCAAUAAAGAAAACUGCGGGCAGAGAUCUGUCCGAGCCUAUGGCAUAUACCCGAAGGCGUCCCUCUUCAACCAUGACUGCCUUCCAAAUGCUUGCAGAUUUGAUUACGUCGACACUGCACCAGAUCGUAACACUGACGUGAUUAUCAGGAUGAUUCAUGAUGUCCCCCAAGGGAGAGAGAUCUGCUUGAGCUAUUUUCCUGUUAAUUGGAAUUAUUCCAACCGGAAGAAGAGAUUGCUGGAGGAAUAUGGAUUUACCUGCGAAUGUGACCGAUGUAAAGUCGAAGCUAAUUGGUCUGAUAACGAAGACAAUGAGGGCGAUGAUGAUGAUGAGGCAAUGGAGGAGGACCGUGACGAAUCAAUGGUAGAGGAGGCAACCUCAGAAUAUGAGGCCGAUUUUCCUCACGCUUAUUUCUUCUUGAGAUAUAUGUGUAAUCGUGAAAAUUGCUGGGGAACUCUAGCUCCUUUGCCUUCGUCUGAUAAUAACCAGUCGUCUAUUCUCUUGGAGUGUAAUGUGUGUGGCAAUAUGAAAAAUGAUGAAGAAUUUGGCGUUGAUGCUGAUUGAGGACAAGGUUUUGGGGGCUUGUUAAAGAGAAAAUAUUACAGAUCCUAAAUUUUAAGGAGGGGUCUUUGCCUGUGACUCGCUUGAGAGUUCCACUGGUUUCUACAGUUGUGAAGAAGGAUCAUUGUAGGAGGUUAUUUGAAAGAAUUACAGCCAGAGUAACAAGUUCUUACAGACAUCUAUCUUGUGCUGGGAGGCUUCAACUCAUCAACUCUAUUCUUAGAAGUUUGCAUGUAUGCUGCUGUUGCACAUUCUUGCUUUCUAUCCCUAAAGCUACAGCAAAAGAUAUAGAUAAAAGGUGCAGAAAUUUCUUGUGGAUGGGAUCUGUUGAAGGGGGCAAGAAAUGAGUUGUUGCUGGGGAUAAAAUUUGUAGGCCAAAGAAUAAGGGUAGCCUAGGAAUCAAGGUGGUUAUGUCUUGGAACAAAGCAGCAAUAGGGAAGCAAGUUUGGGAUUUGGUUGUUGUUAAAUCAUAUCUAUGGGCUUCCUGGACGGCUAAGAAUAAGCUGAGGAAUGUGAGUUUCUGGGGCAUAGCUAAACCCUUAGAAGCUAGUAGUUAGUCUUGGAGGCAUCUAGUGAAUCUAAGGAAUUUGCUUAAAAGUCACUAUUCUUAUAAACUGGGCAGAGGAGAAAUUUCUUUCCGGUAUGAUCCUUGGUUAAAUGGAAAGAGUGUGGUAGAUAAAUUCCCUACAGUUAACAUCUGAUGCUGAUGUACCUAAAACUGCAAAGGCCAAGGAUUGGUAUGGGGAGGGUCAAUGGAGGCUGCUAGAUCCUCUAAACAGUGCUACUGAGGAAGCUUGGUCUGAGAUUAAAAAAAAAACUAUGAGGUGAGGGAGGAGCAAGAGGAUGAGAUUAUUUGGAAUUUUACCACCACAGGGAAAUACAUAAUUGCUAGCGCCUGGAAGUAUUUUAUAAGAGAUGGUGAAAAAGUAACUUGGUGGAAAUUGAUUUGGGGUAGUAAGGUUGUUCCUAGACACACUUUUGUCGCAUGGCUAGCUGCUAAAGCUAGACUGAUCAAGUGGAUGAUUGUAUAUGAUGCAGUGUGUGAGCUUUGCAAAUGCCAGGAUGAGAGUAUUAAACACUUGUUCUUCAGCUGCAGCUAUAUUAAAGGAAUUGAAGAGUGAUUACACAGAAAUGUGAGAUUUUUUUUUUCUUUUUUUUUUUUUUUUUUGGGGGGGUGGGGGGGAGGUUAUACACUAUACAGGUGGCAUGGGGUGAUAAAGUUGGAUGACAAAAGAGCAUUUGGAAAAUCAUUCAUUGCAAAGAUUAGAAGAGUUGCAUUUGUUGCACUGUUUACUAUACUUGGCAGGAAAGAAACUUGGUGGUGUUCAGUAGGGAAAAUUUAAUGCCAGCAGAGUUACAGCAAAAGUUGUGAUGCGUGUGAACCUGAGCUAAUGAAUGACAAGGAUCGAUAGUGAUGGAGGCUAUGACUGGAGUAGAUGGAACUGUAAUUAGCUUACCUGUGUUUAGUUGAUGUGCUGAUGUGCCUUGUUUAGGGCUACUUUAUGCCCUGGUGUUCUUGUGAGUAGUUUGUACAGUUUAUUCUUUUGGUCAGUCAAUAAAAUUGUUAUCCAACCAAAAAAAAAACAUAUGAUAGGUGUAGAUUGUAAUUACGAAUUAUGGCUACUAAUGUUGCUUAAAAUGUUUUAUUGUUUUAGAAUUCCAUAACAGGACAAUUUCAUGUUUCAUGUUUGCCUAUACUUGGGCAAGUCAACCCAAUAUGAGAAGACCUGUGGAUUUCAUUUUC